CUGGGUGUUGUAGUGCGGACUUACACAGUCACCGUGUCCUGUGUUGACUUCUCUUCCCUCUGGCGCACACAAAACUACAGUUCCCAUUAUGCUUUAUUGCAAGAGUGAUUGCGCGCGCCAAGGAAUACGUCUGUUUUGCAGCUAGCCAGAUAAGACAGUAGUUGGGGGGCUAUCGCGUUUUUGUCGUUUAUGUGCAGGGUGUAUAGGAAGAUGGUCUUUGCUUCCUAGCUGGUUCUGCACUGUGUUAGUUUUAUAGUCUACAAAGCCCAUGCUGCGCCGGAUAUGCACCCUCGUUACGAGCGUGAGAACCGUAACGUGAUAGAUUUGUACGGUGUCUGACUGCAAAGGGAAAUCUCCUAUCUCUGAAGGGGGAAGGACAGUUAGUGGGCUAACAAAUAAUACACAAACAACAACCCACAGCGAAUGAGGAUAACAUUGUGUCCUGUGCAGCUGUUCUCGGGCAAGGCGCUAAUUUGUUCACAGGCCUAUAGGACAACUGAGCUGGAGUAGCUAGUCUUGGGACUGCCCUCUAAGGAUGAUGAGGAAUGAUUUGUCCGUGGCGUUUGCUGGAAUCGGCGAGGCAGGGAGCCUUUUAAGAAGCAGCGAGCCCCCGUCUGUGUCUCCAGUGGCGUCCCAAGCAGCUGUUUUCGUGGAGGAAGCUACAGAUCUGCUGGUGAUGCACAGGGACUUUGCUGCUGCCCUGGACAGGUGUGAGAGGGGCUGCCAGAGCCUCACUGGAGAGCCUGAGAGUGAAGACACGGACAACUCUGAAGAACUGAAAUGUUCCUUAUGCGUUGUGGGUAUCCAGGCCUUGGCUGAGAUGAACCGAUGGAGAGAAGCCCUCCCUUGGAUCCUUCAGUAUUACCAUGAUCCUGAACGUUGGCCUUCCAAAAUUCUGGAGCUGUGCAUCCUCCUACAUGGUAAAGUGGAAGAACCUCGUGUGAUGCUAGAAGUCAGCAGGGACUGGUUAUGUUGCUCAGCCAAUCAGCACCUGCCUAGCUAUGGCCUCUUGGUUCAACUGCACCUGUUGCAUGUGCUGCUGCCACUUGGACACUUUGCAGAGGCGGAGGAGCUAAUCCGAGGCUGUAAGGCAUUGAGCAAGGAGCAACAGGUGGAGGCACAUGAGAGCAUUAAGGAGAAGAAGCUUCAGUGGCUGCAGAACGAGGAGGAGGAGGAGGGCCGAAUUCCUGAGGAGCACUCAGAAAUGGGGUGGAAGCAACAGCUGGAUUCGGUGUCCCAAAAGGUGUUGACCAUAUUGACACAGCUGGGUAGAGUGCUGGGAACCCUGGCAGGAAUCCCCUGUUCCAUCCCCUACAAGAAGGUCCUCUUGGCUGCUUUCAUGUUGUGUCUCAUUGUAGUGAGACUUGAUCCAGCAUCUCCUGCUUCUCUACCCUUCCUCAACAGGCUAAUCCGGCUUUUCCAUCAAGCCCAGUUGGCUGCAUUUUCUCCACACUACAGGCCUCCAAUUCAAGACUAACUGGCUCUGUUGUCUUCUGUAUGAUGGUGAAACAGUGGUUGUUGGAGGUCUAUUGAGAAGCCACUCAUGAGCCAAUAAAGUCGCCCUGCACCUGCUGGGAGAGCACCCACAGUGCAGUGGGAGCCUUCUUCAAGAAUUAAGAAUUUGUUCUGUUGAUGACUGCUGCUUCUGCUGAUUUUUCUACAAGCCAAGUUGUUAUGGGAUCAUUCUCCUCCUAUUGGAAUCUGAAAACACCCUCAAGAGUACAUUCUAUUACUAUUUAUUAUUAUUGUUAUUAUUAUUAAUACUUAUAUCUUGCUGAAUUUGGAAAAGAAACUCAAGGCGGCUAACUAAUCCAAACAUUACAGUCUUAAAAUACAUAUAUAACAAACCCCUCCCCAGUCAGAUGCAUGGAACUUACUUCCAAAUAAAUAUUUGGAUCAGGGUGUCAAAGGACUGCUCUUCAAGUCAUUUUGCUUUUGAUGCAACCCUGCCUCCUAACAGUGACACUGAAUGUUUUCUCCCUGGGAGUGGCUGUUGGCUGCAGCCCUCCAGGUGUUGGUGAACACCAUUUCCCAUCAGCCCCAGUGAGCAUGGCCACUGAUCAAGGAUGAUGGAUUCUUCUGGUGUACGACUGCCGCCAGGCUGUUCUGAGCUGAGAUUGUCUCUCUAAAUAAUCGUGGGUGCUUUUGCUCAUGGGGGAAAAAAGAGGUUGUGGGUAGGAUACUUCUCUCUUUGCUUUGGUAAUGUAGCUCUUCCUGCACAGCAUGGUGCUCCUAAUCACCAUUUUGAGUUCUGCUGCUUUUAGGGAUAUCACACACACACACACACACACCCUUGUGCCUGUCUGUAACACCUCUGUGUGAGGAACAGAAGUUGGAUCUUUUCUUGGCAUGGAGAUGAAGCGGUGGGUAAAGUGCUUAAUUUGCUGUGUUACACGUAGCUGUUAAAGGGCAUAGGAUUCUCACUAGGAAUUAAAGGGGGAAACCUUUGUGGCCCUUCCCAAAUGAAUGGCAUCUAAGCCACCUUGAGAAUGUGCAGGCCUUUAUCUGAAGAACUGCUGCAAGACUUAUAGCAGCAUGUUUGCUGGUUGUUUUCUUUAAAAUGCCUUGAUAAAGGUGACCCAUUUUCAGUUCUGAAGGAGCUUGCAAGAGAUGCUAUGGAUUUUUAGACAGAUAUUUUAAAGCAGUCAUUGCUCACCCCUGUUUAACAUAUAUUAACAUAAAUGUUUUUAAAGGUGAAGAUGACAAGACUAUUUAUGGCUUAUUUAUAUCAGGGGUGGCUAACCUCUGGCCCUUCAGAUAUUGUAGGGCUGCAGUUCCCAUCAGUCCCAGUCGGCAUAGCCAAGGAUCAGGGAUGAUGGGAGUAGUAGUCCAGUAACAUCUAGAGGGCCACAGAUUCCCCACACAGGCUUAUAUCAUCCAGUAGAAUGCACCUAUUGUUCCUGCCAAGGGAAGGUUAGCUGAAAAUGUAGUAAGGCAUAUCUGGGCAGGUCAUUUGCUGUGUCCUGACUACACCGAUGGGAUUGCUCAGCCGCUUGUACAAUAGAUGGAAAGCUGGAAUUUUGUGGCUUUGUAAUCCAAAGCAUCCUAUCACUUAGAAAGGACUGACAGCUAGAUACCUUGAUAACUGCAUUUUUGGAGCCCCUGCUGAAGGCUGAUUGUGUUUAUUUUUAAUUGUGUUACAUUGAUUUAUGUAUUAAAUAGAUUUGUUUACCCCUUACAGAGCUACAAUUCCCAGCACCCUUAACAAACUACAGUUCCCAAGAUUCUUAGUGGGAAGCCAUGUGUGCAUAUGGUGUGGCUGUGACCUAAACAAGCAAACAAACACAUUUGAGAAUGGGAGCAAAACAAAAUCAGGACAUCCAAGGCAGGGAGUUACAUAAUCUAGGCACUGCAGCCCAGGUGACUUUGUUCCACGUCCCAAAGAUUCAGGGUACAGUUAGGCCUCUAAUAAAAAUCACAGUGUGGGUGGAUAGCCUCCCUGGGAUCACAGUAAUUCUUUACCUAUCUUGAUCCCAAAUUGUUAAGAGGUUUAAAGGCAAUAACAAACACUUGGAAUUGUAUCUGGAAACAAACUGGUAGGCAGAGAAGACUGAACAUAACCAGAGUUACAUGCUUUAAAAAGCAGCAUAUAGUGUGUGUUGCAGUAAUCUAAUCUGAAUGUGACCAAGGUAUACGUGACAGUGGCUUUGUCCACGAAAGGGUGGACUGGCAGAAGCUGGUGCAAAGGUGCUCCUGAUCAAUCAUCCACCACUACUAGGAACAAGUCUGGGGCCAGGAGCAUCCCAGACUACAAGCCUGUUUUUCCCUGCUGACCAGAAGUGUCACUGUCUUGUCCGGCUUAAAGACUCCACUUGUUAGCCCACAUCCAACCCUCACUGCACUUAGGUUGCAGUUCAGAACCUCCAUACCUCCCUGGAUUCAGAAGGAAAUGAGAUGUAGAGAUAGAGUGUCCACAGCAAAUUGGUGACAGGCUGUUCCAAAUCCCCGGACAACCUUUCCUAGCAGUUUCAUGCAGAUGUUAAAUAACAUGGGACAACAUGGAGUCUUUUGUGACAUAAGUCAGAGUCCUAGGAAUCAAACAGUUACCCCUUAACACCAUGUUCUAGGACUUAUUUCCAAAAUGAGAUGAGCCACUGCAAAAUGGUGCCUCCUAGCACCACCCCAAAAGGAUGGUCAAUUGUAUUAAAAGCUGCUGUAAGGUCCGACUUCCGGGAAGGGUGACUUAGCCUGUGCCUGCUUUUGAGACGGGCUCCUGCCUCAAAAGAAGCUUAUUCAGAUAUAUCAGUCAGAUUUUUUCUUUUUUUGACUGAUUAAACUUCUCCCGGGUAGGGAGAAACGAAGAGAUUAACCUCAAAGCCUAUUUUUGUUGGG